AUGCAAUCUACUACUCUUCUUACUCUCCUUGUUCUUGUCGCUGGAGCAUCUGCUCAAUGCUUCGGAGGCGGUUGCGGAGGACCAAUCUUCCUCCCACCACCACCAUGCUUCGGUGGAAACUGUGGAUGCCAAGGAAACAACUGCGGAUGUUCUGGUAACAACUGUGGACCACAGGUCACUGUUGUGCAGAUCCCGAAUAAUAAUAACGGAUGCUCGUGCAAUCCAUGCUCUGGACCAAUCUGCCCACCAGUUUGCAACAGCUGCCCACCACAGCCAAUCUUCAUUCAACAACCAUCUUGCUGCAACCAGAAUAACUUCUCGUGCUGCCCAUUCCGUUUCCGUCGCCACAACACUGCCGCUGAAACCACCGAGGAGGCUACGACCGCUGCUCCAACGCAAGAGUAA